AUGGAAAUUGUCAUAAACUAUUCAGGAAAACGGACGAGCGCUUGUCAAAUGAUUGACGAUGAUAUAAAUCUCAUCUCUGUUAUAACGUAUGUAGAUUCAACCAUCACAUUUAUUGUUCCUUUCAUUGUCAUUUUCACCCUUAACGUUUUAGUAAUCCGGGCCAUUCGAAGUUUUACCUACAGGCAUGUGAGUCGGCAUGAGAAAAAAUAUUAUUCACCUUCCCAUAAUACUUUAUCAAAAGCUCAAAUGAGGCUCACAAUCAUGUUAAUGGUGGUUUCCAUAGUAUUUCUUGUGCUCAACUUGCCCAGUCAUGGAGUGAGGUUUUACAUAGCGGUGAAUAAUCUCAUCUACCAACCAAACAUAUCCUUGUUUCUCACUCAACAGGUCUGUCAAAUACUCUACUAUGUCAAUUUUGCUAUCAAUUUUGUCGUCUACGUGUGCACAAGUAAAACCUUCCGACGGAGCUUAAAGGAACCACCUAGAUGUGGAACACUUGCCCACUUGCCCUGCCGAAAAGGUGGACAUUGA